UCUGCCCGGCUGUCGUCCGGCCCUGCCCCCCCCCCCCCCACCGCCGCCCCCGUCCGCAUGUGCUGCGCACCUGCCGCGCGCCGCCUCCGGGGCCGGGGGCCUCCGUGGAACACGGAGAGCUCGGGAACGCAGGGCAGGAGGAGGACGUGAUUGCCGGGUGACUCGGAAGGAACUGCGUUUUCUCUGAGAGCGAUGGAGGCUCUUGAUUUGGAUGACGUGGUCCCGGAGAUCAAAGCCACAAUGAGGAGCGGGAAGGCCUCCUGUGCCCUGGAGACCGUCUGGGAGGACAAGCGGAAGUCUGGGGAUGCCGAGCGGCCCUUCGAUGAGCACCAGGCCACAGGAGCCGCCGCCCAGCAGCUCCCAGCCGAGGCGCUGGCGGUGAACGGGCCUGGCCGGGAGGACGAGGCCGAGGAGGCGGACGCCCCCGAUGGUGGCGGCGGGAGUGAGCCCGGGAAGAGCCACAAUGGAAAGAAGCCACUGCAGAAGAAGAGGAAGCGCUCCCCGAAGGGUUGGCUCAGCCAGGAGGACCCGGCCCUCAUGGGCCUCUCGGCUGACCACGUCUGGCUGGACAAGCCGAUCUUCGACCGGGCAGAGAGCUUGUACCGCCAGAGGCUGGCGGCCGAGGCCUCCCAGGCAGCGCAGCCCCCCGCCCCAGCCCCUGGGGAGCCCUGCGCCCACGGAGGCCGUGUGGCCUGCCACCACGUGGCCUGGGGCGUCUGGGUCAACAAGCCUGCCUUCGACCAGGCCGAGCGGGCGUUCGUGGAGUGGUCUCAGGCCCUGCUGCUGGCCGUGGAGGGCAGCGUUGGGCAGGGGGCUCCCCGCACAGACCAGCGGGCGGCCAGCCCCAGCCUGUGCCUCGUCCACCAGCCCGGCCCGCCAGCCAACGGCCAGCCCCCGCCAAGCAGCCUGCAGGCGCUGGUGCGGGAGGUGUGGCUGGAGAAGCCCCGCUACGACGCAGCCGAGAGGGGCUUCUACGAGGCCCUGUUUGACGGCCACCCCCCUGGGAAGGUGCGCCUGCAGGAGCGAGUCAGCCAGGCUGAGGGCGCCCGGCGUGGCCGCAGAGACCGGCGCGGCCGCAGCACCGCGGGGAGCAAGCGGCCCGGGCCGCGGCGGGCCGACGCAGAGGCCCCCUCUGCCCUGCCCUACUGCUGCUUCCUGCACAAGGACGCCGAGGCCCCCUGGCUCAGCAAGCCUGCCUACGACAGCGCCGAGUGCCGCCACCAUGCCGCUGAGGCCCUGCGCGUGGCCUGGCGUCUCGAAGCUGCAUCCCUGGCUCACCGACCCAGCGCCCGGUCUGGCCCUUCCGUGUCCAGCCUGAGACCCAAGAAAAUGGCCACAAACUUCCUAGUGCAUGAGAAGAUCUGGUUUGACAAGUUCAAAUACGAUGAUGCAGAAAGGAAAUUCUACGAGCAGAUGAACGGGCCCGUGGCUGGCUCCUCACGCCAGGAGAAUGGCGCCAGCGUGAUCCUCCGUGACAUCGCGAGAGCCAGAGAAAACAUCCAGAAGUCUCUGGCCGGACUCAAGGCUGUGCUGCCCGGGCCUCCUGAGGUGCUGGGUCUGGCUGCCCCUGGAGCUAGCUCAGGCCCUGGGGCCUCCAGCGGGCCCAGUGGAGACCACAGUGAGCUGGUCAUCCGGAUUGCCAGUCUGGAAGUGGAGAACCAGAGCCUGCGAGGGGUGGUGCAGGACUUACAGCAGGCUGUCUCCAAGCUGGAGGCCCGGCUGAGUGUGCUAGAGAAGAGCUCACCCGCCCACCGGGCCACAGCUCUGCAGACCCAGCACGUGUCUCCCAUGCGCCAAGUGGAGCCCCCCACCAGGAAGGUGGCCACCGCCACAGAGGACGACGAGGACGAUGACCUUGACCUGUUUGGCAGCGACGAGGAGGAGGACAAGGAGGCCGCCCGGCUGCGGGAGGAGAGGCUGCGGCAGUAUGCUGAGAAGAAGGCCAAGAAGCCUGCUCUGGUGGCCAAGUCCUCCAUCCUCCUGGACGUCAAACCUUGGGACGACGAGACAGACAUGGCGCAGCUGGAGGCCUGUGUGCGUUCCAUCCAGCUGGACGGGCUGACCUGGGGGGGCUCCAGGCUGGUGCCCGUGGGCUACGGCAUCCACAAGCUGCAGAUCCAGUGUGUGGUGGAGGACGACAAGGUGGGCACGGACCUGCUGGAGGAGGAGGUCACCAAGUUCGAGGAGCACGUGCAGAGCGUUGACGUUGCUGCUUUCAACAAGAUCUAAGCACUGGCACUGGCCUGAGCGUGCAAAGCCUUGCAGCCAAUAAAGACUGAGAUUCCA